UCCACAGUUUUAACAUCCGGGCAUUCAGAAGGCUUGCUCUCUGGGCUACACGCUGAGAACCGCGUUUCUCUCCCCUGCCCAGGGGAAAGUCCCCGGACUCGUGGCAGAAAGUGCUCUGGGUUAAUCCAGCGUCGACCUGCACUGCACUACCAAUCAGCCAAGACGUUCAUGUGAACAGAGCUGCGUGUUAGCAUGUCGACUUUGUCAGCUGUAUAGGUAUGCAAGUAACGCGUUAACUUACGCCGAAACAGAACGGGGCUCAUUCUCCGAAUGCAUUUUUAGUGACUUUUUAAAUAUAUAUAACCACAACACGCACCUUUUUUGUAGUUCUGAAACGUAUCACGUAUCACGUUGUUUCUUUAAACCACCAUCGUCACGUUUUCCUUGUCGCCUUGACGUAGUACAAUUUAAUAGUUUUUACUUUAUUCUUAUUUUGCUUUUAAUGUUUGCGAUUCUGUUUUGUUGCUGCAAAAAACAAAAAUAAAAACAGACAGUCAACUAUGCUUUCAACUUUAGGAUGCACAUUUAUUUAAAAUUUGCGCACUAACGUAUCGCAUCACAUUUUAAGUUAGUGUAAGUUUUAGACAGAACAUUUUAAUAGAAAACCUGAUAAAUAAAAAGUAAAGAAUGAAGAAUUGAAUCUUUUUAAAUAUACAUUUUGUUAAGCACACGGGUAACUUGAUAAAGAUAUUUUUAAAUAUAAUUCAAUCUUGAAUAUAGAUAUAGAUUUAAAAUGCCUAUAACGCGCCAUCUUGUGGUUCGAAAUGCGGCCAGAUUUUAGGGACAGAUGUUUCAAUUUGUUUAUUAUAAUUAUCAUUAUUAUGUAGGUUAUUAUUAGUAAUUUGUUAUAGCUAUGUAUUUAUUGUCUAAAUACACAACAAAUAUACCUUAAUCAAAUAUACCUUAAUCAUUGCUAAAUGUAAUGUUGAUUUACAGUGUCUCUGUCAGCAGGUCAAAAAGCAGGACAUCACUUGUCAUGGCUUCAUCUCACGUGAUAGAAGUUAAGGGGUGUGAAUGGGGUAAGGUGAUGCUUCGUCUUUAUUUCGGAUUGAAUAGAGACACCGGUUCUGCCAUCCGCGUGCGGUGUCAAAUGUCUGUAUGACAAUGGAGGAAGAAAGAUUCCUGUAAUCCCCAACUGACGCCACUAGAGGGUGCAGAAGCCUCGCAGUAUCCUCUCUGACGCACACGCUGUAGUCCACUGGAUUAGUCCACUGCAGAAAAAGAUUAUAGCGUCACAUGGAGGAUUCUACAAAUGGUGCCUGCUGCAAACCUAACCCCUGACCCCCCCCCCCCCCCCCCCCCCCCCCACCCCUCCUCCAAGCUGCCCCAUCAUCCUUUUGUUGUAGGUGUAGCCCCAAACAGCGACAGCAUCACAAAGGUUGGGGCACGCCCUACUGUAUCCUGGAGACACAGGAGGGAGGGACUGGAGGUAGAAAGAAGCGCACGCAGAGGAAGAGAGGAUCAGCGUGAGGUAAAUUGUAGUCAGAAGAACAAAAGCAGCAUGUGUAUAUGUGCUAAAGAGUGUGUGUUCAUGUAAGAGGAAGGGAGGGGAGUAGUGAGAGCAGGGCCGCGAGUGUAUGCGUGCGUUAAUAGGAAGACAGAGAGCGUGAGAGAUACCAAGAGGAAGGCGACAUAGAGACAGUCAUAAAGAGGCAGGUGGAAACAAGAGCACCGAGACCGAGCGGGAAGAUGGCUGAGCCGGAGCUGAAAUCACGGAGCAGUCGAGAGAGCGUUGCCAAGGCUGCGAGUCAGGAGAAGAUAGCAGCAGCAGAUGCAAACACAGAACAGGAUAGUCUUACCGCGGACCCUCAAGCAUGUCCAUCUCCCCCGGGGGACGACUCAUCAGGGGAUAAAGUGGAACUCAAACGCAGCAUCACCCUCUUCAAUGGUGUGGGAAUGAUCAUAGGCACCAUCAUCGGCUCGGGGAUCUUUGUCACUCCCACAGGGGUUGUGAAAGAGACAGGCUCAGCUGGACUCUCUCUGAUUAUUUGGUCCGUCUGUGGAUUGGUGUCGACCAUGGGUGCCUUGUGCUACGCUGAGCUGGGCACUACCAUCACCAAGUCUGGAGGCGACUAUACUUACAUUUUGGAGAUUUAUGGUGAACUGGCGGCCUUUCUCAAACUGUGGAUAGAGAUGCUCAUUAUUCGGCCAUCCUCGCAGUAUGUGGUGUCCCUGGUGUUCGCCACCUACCUGCUGAAACCUAUUUACCCAACGUGCUCUGUUCCUGAAAGUGCUGCCAAGCUUCUGGCAUGCCUGUGUCUCAUGUUGCUGACAUUUAUAAACUGUAUUAGUGUGAAAGCAGCCACCAAAGUCCAGGACUUGUUCACGGCUUCAAAGCUGCUGGCCCUGGUCAUUAUCAUCCUGUUCGGCUUCAUACAGAUCUUUAGAGGAAAUGUACCCUAUCUCACACCUGAUCAGGCAUUUGAAGGCAGCAAAUAUGGGGUCGACAACAUUGUCUUGGCUUUGUACAGUGGCCUCUUUGCUUUUGGAGGCUGGAACUACUUAAACUAUGUAACUGAGGAGAUGAUCAAUCCAGAGAGAAACCUGCCCUUGUCCAUCAUCAUAUCUAUGCCCAUCGUGACUGUGGUCUACGUUCUGACCAACUUGGCCUACUUCACCACCAUCUCUCCUGAAGCUAUGGUGGAGUCUGAGGCUGUCGCUGUGAAUUUUGGAGAGUACCACCUCGGUGUGAUGUCCUGGCUGAUUCCUGUCUUUGUGGGAUUGUCAUGCUUUGGAGCUGUCAACGGCUCCCUCUUCACCUCAGCACGCUUGUUCUAUGCUGGAGCUCGAGAAGGUCAACUUCCUGCUGCUCUGGGUCUGGUUCACAAAGACCUCUUCACUCCAGUGCCGUCCCUCAUCUUCACAUGUUUGCUCUCCAUGAUGUACGCCAUCUCCAAGGACAUCUUCUCCGUCAUCAAUCUCUUCAGCUUCUUCACCUGGCUCUGUGUUGGAAUGGCUAUAAGUGGUAUGAUCUGGCUGCGCAUCAGAAAACCCAAACUCCGCAGGCCAAUUAAGGUGUUUUUAUUCAUCCCUAUUGUUUUCGUUCUGGGCUGCAUCUUCAUGAUCGUCGUCUCUUUCUGGGCAGCUCCAAUCGAGACCCUGAUUGGCUGCGGCAUCAUUCUCACAGGUAUCCCAGCCUACCUACUGGGCUACAAGUGGAAGAAACCCGAUGUGGUCAAGAAGAUGCUGGAAAUCUUCACCGUGUUCUGUCAGAAGAUCUUAAUGUCGGUUCCCGAGGAGAAGAAACAGCGUGAGACGUCAGACUAAAGAUGGACACGCAAGACAAAGGAAAGGCUUAAAAUUUGGACUCAAUUUUGUUUAUGUCCGCUCUAGUUAUUUUUUAAAAUGAAAUCUUAAUUCAAUCAGCAAGCUGUACAACUGGUCUACACCAUAGAAUAGAAGACCACAGUGUGGACAUCUGACUGUAUAGGUGGUUACAAAGCUGCAGGAAGUAGAUUUCUUACUUAGUUUAUAGUGACAGGAAAUACUUGAUUGAAAGGAUUGUGGUGUCAAGGACCAGUUUCAGGUCGUUUUCAGUAGAAGAUGUCAGUUUUUGAGAAUUGUAUUCCUUAUAUUUUAGAAAAUAGGUGAUAAAGCACAAAACUCAUAAAACAGGAAAAAAAAUCUAAAUCAUAGAUGAACAUUCACAUGAAAACAUAACCACAACCAGCAUGACCUCCUUAUUUACAGUGUUUGGUGUGUGUGUGUGUGUGUGUGUGUGUGUGUGUAUAUAUAUAUAUAUAUAUAUAUAUACAUAUAUAUCAUGUACAUAAGGCUAACUCAUAAGGAAGCUCUUGCAAGUUCUGGCAUUCAAUCAUUUACAUGUUUUUGAACCAUUUUUUUAGGAUGUUAGUAUUUACUUGUUGUCCUACUAUUUAUUCUAGGUGCAUCAACUAGAGAGGUCAAUCAUAAUACCUGCUUUGAAAACAGAGGCACAGCAUAUACAAUAUAAACAACUCCAAAAUUCUCCCUGUAAUAGUUUAGUCCGUUAUAACUUUCUCUUUUUGCAUUCCGCUUAACAACAAAUGACCCAACAGUAGAUACAGUACUUUAAUAUGACUGUAGUGAAAAUGACAGCUGAGAGCCAUAACCCAUGACGUUCUCUCUUUGCUAGUACGUCGAUAAGUUGACCACAAGGGUCUCUUGGUGCUGGAGGGGUAUAUUGUUUGGCCAUCUUUGGUUGAGAAAAGCAAAGCUUUGAAGGAAUGAUAUAUAAAAAAGCUCUUUUAGAAGCAUUUUGCAGCAGUAGUCUUGAUAGGGGAAGCACAGGCUACAUGCAUUUUUGUUUUCCUGAAAGUAGUAUUUUGUUGAAUGAAACCACAGUACUGAAGCACAAAAAAACGGCAUUUGAGGUGUUAGAGUUGUAACGUGCUGCGGUGAAGCUGGGUCUGUUUCCAUUUUUCUUAGUGUCAGCUUCUCAUGUCCACAGUAUUUCACAGAAAUAAAGCUGCAGCUUGUAUUCCAUAUACAUAUAUACAUACUGUAUAAAGUGUGUAUAUAUGUAUAUGUGUAUGUGUGUAUAUAUAUGUAUAUAUAUAUAUAUACACAUACGUGUGACUUUAUUUCCAUGAAAUACUGUACAAGUUUAAGGUGAUAAAAAUGAUGUGUUACUGUAUGUAACUGAAGAUCUUGCAUAGAUGUCAUUCGAACUGCUGUACUUAGUGAACUUCAUUGUUGUGUCAGUGUUUUGUGUCUCACUGUGACAAUAUCAUUUGUUUUCCUAUCGUUGUGUCACUGUAAGACCAGACUGAAUGUUGAAAAAAAAAAUUUUUUUAUAGGAAUUGACCUAUAAAAAAUGUACAUUAAAAUUGAGUACCCUACAUUUUCUGAAAGUUAUUUCAGACGCAUUCCCAGCCCUGUUAGAUAUGGGUUAAAACAUUGUUAACUAUUAAGAAACCAGCUUAGACUACAUUAGAUUGUAUGGCUACUGUUUUGAGUGCAGUGUCCUACAUUAGUCAUCAGUCAAGUCGUGAAUGCAAACUCGUCAAAGAAAAAAAAAAAAAAGAUCAAGGAUGUGGUUUAGGCUCCGAACAGUUGACCUUAGUGCUGGAAAGAAAAUUAACUGUCAUCAAUAAGCUGCCAUCAGUGCAGCUUCACAACACUUGGAUCAAGAAGACAAAUUAUCAGGCUUAUUAAAGGCUUUCUGAAAAACAAAUCACUAGAGGAAAUAAAUUAUGUUGUUCAUCGAAUAAUAAAAAUUUGAAACAGUGUGUGUACAGCGUGUACUGUAAAAAACACACUAAAAAUCAAUCAGAUUAUAUAACGUUGUAUUCAUUAAUCUUAAACCGGUCUGGCCUGUUAUGGGUCCAGGGAAACCCAGGAAAUAUUUCCAGUUGACUUGAGACAAAAGGCACAAUAGCAACUUAGAUAUGUUGAUAUAUAUUUUGUUUCAU